AUGCGGGUACGGAAACGAUUGCGGGAAGGAUCUGGGUCUGUCGAGAGAGCCAUCCAAGUGGAAGCCUCCGGAGAGAGAUAUGAUUCAGAGUGUUCGGAGUGUGAUGACAAGGAUGGAUAUGUUGACAUCCUAAAGCAACAUGUGUUAAUACACAGUGGAAAAAAAAUAUUCGAGUGUUCUGAACGUGGGAAACGAUUUGCUGACAGCGGUAAGCUGAAGAAAACCCAAGGAAUUCUGUCGGGAGAAAAACCGUUCGAGUGUUCCGAGUGCGGGAAAAGGUUUAAUCAAAGAGGUGAUAUGAAGACACACCAGAGGAUUCACUCAGGAGAAAAACCGUUCGAGUGUUCCGAGUGCGGGAAAAGGUUUAAUCGAAGAUAUUCUCUGAAGAUACACCAGGGGAUUCACUAAGGAGAAAAACCGUUCGAGUGUUCCGAGUGCGGGAAAAGGUUUAAUCAGAGAGGUGAUAUGAAGAGACACCAGAGGAUUCACUCAGGAGAAAAACCGUUCGAGUGUUCCGAGUGCGGGAAAAGGUUUAAUCAAAGAGGUGAUAUGAAGACACACCAGAGGAUUCACUCAGGAGAAAAACCGUUCGAGUGUUCCGAGUGCGGGAAAAGGUUUAAUCGAAGAUAUUCUCUGAAGAUACACCAGGGGAUUCACUAAGGAGAAAAACCGUUCGAGUGUUCCGAGUGCGGGAAAAGGUUUAAUCAGAGAGGUGAUAUGAAGAGACACCAGAGGAUUCACUCAGGAGAAAAACCGUUCGAGUGUUCCGAGUGCGGGAAAAGGUUUAAUCAAAGAGGUGAUAUGAAGACACACCAGAGGAUUCACUCAGGAGAAAAACCGUUCGAGUGUUCCGAGUGCGGGAAAAGGUUUAAUCGAAGAUAUUCUCUGAAGAUACACCAGGGGAUUCACUAAGGAGAAAAACCGUUCGAGUGUUCCGAGUGCGGGAAAAGGUUUAAUCAGAGAGGUGAUAUGAAGAGACACCAGAGGAUUCACUCAGGAGAAAAACCGUUCGAGUGUUCCGAGUGCGGGAAAAGGUUUAAUCAAAGUGGUUAUCUGAAGAAACACCAGAGGGUUCACCCAGGAGAAAAAAAGCGUUCGAGUGUUCCGAGUGCGGGAAAGGGUUUAAUCAAAGAUGUAAACUGAAGAGACAAUAGAGAAUUCACUCAGGAGAAAAAAACAGGGCUCCGAGUGCGAGGAAAGAUUUAAACAAAGCCAGAUAGUGCUCUGAUUUGUGUACAUUUAAUUCUGUCAGACAAAUAUAUAAUAGUACAUGGGAAUAUUUUGUAUAAUGUCUUUUGAAUAACGCAAGGUGACAAGUUCAUGCUAUAUGUUUGGUUUAUAAAAUAAGGGUCUCGGCUGACGAGUUUUUUUUUCUGAUUUUACUUUACCCAGAACGACUUCCAGAAACCAUUUUUUUAUUUGCUUUGUUGAUAAGGUAUUGUCCUCAGUGGUGGAAGGACUUUUGUUAAUGAAUUUAGUGAUUAAAAAGCGGAAGCGCUAUAUCUUCUCCUUGUUGCCUCUUAUAUUCCUAUUUUUGUCUCCGACAGAACUGAUAUAUAUAUAUAUAUAUAUAUAUAUAUAAGAUAUAUAGUAUUUAAUCCCACAUAUUCGUUUUAUCAAAAACAAACAUUAAUACUAAUGCCGGCUGAAGGGGAGACUUCAUUCACUAAAUAUGAUACCGGUUUUGUGUUCAUAAAUUUUGAUGGGAAAUCUCAGGACGGAUUCUGGCGAUCGGUUUGAGCGUGACGUCACACGCGAGUAUCUCCGAAGCUCAAACCUUCAAGC